AUGUCCAGGAACGACAACGACGACAGCGAUGCCAUUGUCACCUCCCAGCCCUCGACCGCCGCGGCGGAUGUGAGCUUCGCGAAGCUGAACGCCGAACAUCACGCCGAGUCGAGUUCGCAGGGCGGGUCAAGGACCUCAAUCAGCAAACGAAGCAGCAGCAGUAGCGACAAGCGGAUUAGGGAUCAAGAGAGGGGAAAGCGACGGACUUUGCUCGAGACUCCUAAUGCUAGCUUCAAGGAUAGACACAGCGACGGCAGCGCAUCACGUCGAUCUAAGAGAUCAGGAGGCUUCCUUUUGGACACUAUCUUCUCCAAUGGUCACGCGAAUGGGAAGGAGAAGGCCGUCGACGGCCGCGUUGCAUCGGACAAGAGGCAGUUUUCACAGAAUCGAAAGUCUGCGGACUCCCAGCGCAGCUCACCGCUGUCGCGUGAGCUGUCGCCUUAUGACCCCAAUGAGGCUCAACCUGAGCCGAUCAACAAGGCUCAUUCACCGGGGAUGGAUCCUGCACAGCUAGUACAGAUGGCGCUCAACUUAAGCGAAAGCAGAAAACGUCACGUGAGUAGCACUGUUCCUGGCCCAAUAUCUCCAGCAGGAGGAAGGAGAGUGGCAUCUGCUCUGAACUCUUCGCAUGGGACUGUGAGAUGUGUGUCGUCUGGCGCCAAACGCAACAGUCAGUCGAUCCAGAGAGUGGGGCAGGCUCCUCCACACACUGGCAGGCCAAGCCUGCAGGACACAGAUAGACCCGAAAAUGGCCUUGACGGAGAGAAUCUGCUGUACUCGUUUUCUCCGGCGACGCUGUCGAGAGCGGAGAAGGCACGGAGAUACUUUGAGCUGGCUAGUGAGCACAGGCGGUUGCUUGAACAUCUUCCGCCGCUGCUACCAGAUGCUUCGGCUCCUGAGAAUUACACAGCAAAGGUCACCAGCAGUCCAGGCAGUGCACACUAUCACGUGACUAGGGUGCCUACGAAUACCGCUACCAUGAGACAGCUUGGGCGAGCUUAUAACCCUCUGCAAGCGCUGAGGAACAGACGCCUCCGCAACAGAGAACGACGUCCAUGGACAGCGCCCCCAGAUGCCUGGCAAGAGACAGACAGGAUCAAGCACUGGAUCGACGGAGUGGAAGCAGCGUCGAAGGACCCAACCUACCGUCCUGGUGAGGAUCAAGUUCGCCUACCGACAUUUUCCGGAGAACUCGAAGGUGAAGCAGCGCAACCCGAGCCAGCGAAGCACCACACACGGUCAAAUACAGCGAGCUCAGUCAUCACUCGGCCAGAAAAUGGAUGGACGAUGGAGCCGGCAGAGCUACUUGCCGACACUUAUUGGAUUGAAAAGAAUGAUAAUAAAGCAAUCAUUGAAGACAAUCGUGGACAACGAAUCUUCCCAACUAUGGUCAGGGCAAGCCUGGACGUACCCCGACGAAGUCGAGAGUCCGGACGUGUCCAAGAGACGCAAGUGGAAAAUCAUAGUCAACGCGAAGAACUCGACGACGAGGAUCCAGAAAAGUUCAGGUCGCGCCGCCGACACUUGCUUCCAAUUCCCGGUCGCCUGCGAAGGGGCAAUGUCAAUCGAUCACGCAGUGCGUCAAGUGUCUCCAGCGACGAGGGGCGGCUGCCGCCAGCGCAUCAGUUUGGCAACGAUGACGGUGGUGACGAGAACAUUGGCCCUCUUGAGCGGCAUAUGCGUAGCAUGAUCGCCAAGGAAGAAAAAGGCGAACUGCCAUCGCCUGAGCUAGUCUCACCAGACCAUUGGGACUCGAGAAAUCUGCCCUUUCCUAAUGCUCGCACAAGCAUGGACACCGCUCGACGAGACUCAUUCGCGAACGGCCGGCUCUCUGUUGACGCGCGCGGUCCCAGGCGGUCGAAGUCGGCGGAUGGGCGAGUGGGAUCAUUUGACCACGGAGUGUCUUCCAUGGGUGAAAUCUUCUCCGAUGUACCAGCUUCGUCUACGAUGGCUGUCAAUUCCGCGGCGAAAAAUAUGGAUGCUUCGCCGCCACCACAGAGCAAGCGGUCAGCGCCUACGCAACAGAAACCAAAGAGAUCCCACCUACCCAAACUCCGUUCACGAAGCAAGGAACGCAACAACAUCGAGCAGACCGACUUCGCAGCAGGAUACGGAAAGUCUCUGUCACCUGUAAUGAGUGCAGACACUGUUACCGGAGUGCCAAGGUCGAGUCUGGACUAUGCGAGACCAUCUCAAUUCAAGCGAAACGACACUACAGACAGUUCAGCGAGCAGUCUGAGGCGUAUGAAUACGACGGCAUCCACGUUGGAUAGUUCAAGAGAGUCUGGUGCGCUUGGCGGAAGACGGUUUUUCAAAGGUGGCCGAAUCACCGAGUUGGUGCGCUACGAGGGCUCUCGGCUCGGCGAUCGCUUCCGUGGCAGCCGCGACAAGGCCAACGAGACUACUGUGGACUACGAAGACACGAAGACACCGCUUGAGCCAUCUGAUGCGGAAACUGAUCAGUCUGACUUUGCAAAGCACGAAAGCCAAGGAGACGAUGACGGUCAGAUUAGCCCGAGAGCAUCUUUCGAAGGCGAGCGACCUAAGCAGAAAUACUUCACCUCCAAUCUCCCCAGCUUUAAGUCCCCGUCAGGCCGAGAUAGGCGCUUUGAUACAGAAACGGCAUUGCCGGAAGUGAGUGAUCCGUUGAACAGAAAUGCACGUCAGCAACGAGGUCAUGGUUAUUCUGGCAACUCGGCUCUGCUGGUGCCGCCUCGCAUCAACUUACCAGACGAUGAUAGCGUCUCGAAUCCUGACCUUGACAGAGAAAACUCCGAAGACCUAUUCUAUGGCCAACGAAAGUCGGCUUCACAAAACGACCUUUCGCUUGUGUCCACCAACGAAACCAUUUCACAGCCUAGAAAAUCGGAUGGGCUAUUUGUGACCGGGCUAUCUGGACAUGAUGCAAAGCGACAUUGGAGCAUCAGCGAUCAGACUCAGCCUCGCCAAACGAACAAGGUAACUGGGCACGACAUAGCCCGCGUCCGGGCGCUCCUGCUGGCAUCAGGAGUCAAGGCGCACGCAAUCUACCAUGAAGGCGACAAGGUCCGUGAUCCGCCGCUGCCGCUCCUUUCCAAAGCGGCAGACACUGCAGGACGGAAUCUCUCUGGUGUCAGGCGCAAAGAAGAGAACGUUGUGGCUGCUAGGAUGCUUUCCGAAGUCUUGUCGACUACCUUGACCAGCUUUGAGCAAACUUUGCAGCAAUUUCAGGAUCAAACUGCGAGGCAUCUUGGAUCUCAGCUGGAAGAGUUGUCGCAUAGAGCGUCGGAGCAGCUCACAAAGAUUGUAGACGAGACCUCUGACGAAGCGGACGCGUUCAAUGUCGAGCUCACCACGAAGCAACCUCAGGAAGUCAAACGUGUUGACGAGGCCGUGGAUGCGAUGUUCCGACAGCGCAGAAAGCAGUUCAGACUCUUCCGUCGGGCAGGCUUCAAGCUGCUCGAAUGGCUUGUGCUGGGCAUCAUGUGGUGGGUAUGGUUCGUUGUUGUUCUAUUCAACAGUGCCAAAAAGCUUGUGAUUGGCAUUUUAAGAGUCUUGCGCUGGCUCCUGUGGUUUUAG